AUGGAAGAUUUAAUCGUGAUCUCGGACGACAGCGGCUCCGAGAGCUCCGGGGGGGCCCGCUCGGGCCGAGCGCGGAGGCUCCGCCGGGCCCUGUCCCGGACCCCCGGCGCGCUGCCCCGCCGGACCGUGGACUUCAUUGACUUAACUAAAGAAACCAGACCAAGGGUGAAGGAUCGCAAUGGAGUCUGUGUGAUUGACCUGACAGGAACUGAGGAAGAAAAUAAACCCAUUGCCACUCUUGACUUGACUUUAGAACCUGUUACUCCUUCCCAAAAGGAGCCAAACAGUCUUCAGACGUGUGCCAGCCUCUCCAGCAAAGAGGUGAUAGAAGGGCGGGCAGAUAGAAGUUCUCGGCCUGCAGUCCGGAGAAUCAUUAACAGUGAUCCUGUGGAUUUGGACCUGUUAGAAGAAACCACAUUUGGAGAUCCCCAACCCCCUUCAUCCAUCAGCAAGGACUCUGUUUAUCCAGCAGAGCCGAACUGUAGCUCAGCCACAUUCAAAGGUGACCUCAGCUUCUUGGCAAGCCUACAGCUGUCUUCAGAUGUUAGCUCCCUCUCCCCAACAAGCAGUAAUGGUAGCAGCAGCAAACAAAGGGCACCCUUGCCACACCCACAGCAAGAUGUGCCUUGCCCACUGAGAGCCUCACCAUGUCCACCACGAGCCUCCUCGUGCCCACCUCGAGCCUUGUCGUGCCCAUCACAAACCACACAGUGCAAACCACAGGCUUUGCUUCACCCACCUCAAGAUGUGCUAUGCCCUCAGAAUGUACCAGGCCUUCAGCAGAAUGUGCCAAGCCCACCUUUAGACUCACAGCGUACUCGAUGCUCAUCAAGCCCACCUCGAGACUCUUUGGGCCUCCCUCAAGAUGUACCAGGCCCAUCUCAAAACAUAUAUUCACAAGAUGUGGCACACCCACAAGACAUGCCACAGUCCCUGGGAAACAUGCCACAGUUACCAGGAGUAGUUCCACAAUCACCAAAUGUCCCACGGUCACCAGGCUAUAGUCCAUUGUCACCAGGGCAUGUUCCACUGUCACCAGAAGAUGUGCCAGAGUCACCACGAGAUGUGCCACACUUAUCAGGAGAUGUGCUACAUUCACCUAGAGACAUGCCACACUCACCUGGAGACUUGCCUUACUUACCACAAGACAGGCCUGACUCUCCUCGGAAUGAUACACAGAACCGUGACACUCCUAUGGAAAUCUCAGCUCCAUCCUCUUGGAGCUGUUCUCCCAAUCCACAGUCUCCACAAUCUGAAAGUUCCUUAGAGAAAGUUCCUUGGCUCUCAGUCAAGGAAACCCCAGCCAGAAAAGAGAUAUCACUAUCAGAGCCUGCCUGUCCUGGGUCUACCCAGGUACAAGCACGAACACCACAAGGUGGGUUGUACAACAAACCAUGCCUACAUAGAUUGAAGUACUUCUUACGACCUCCGGUACAUCACCUUUUCUUCCAGACACUAAUACCAGAUAAAGACGCAAGAGAGAACAAGGGUCAAAAAUUAGAACCCAUUCCUCAUCGAAGACUGAGAAUGGUGACGAACACUAUUGAAGAAAAUUUUCCCCUGGGGACUGUGCAGUUUUUGAUGGACUUUGUGUCACCCCAGCAUUAUCCACCCAGAGAAAUUGUGGCUCAUAUCAUCCAGAAAAUUCUGCUCAGUGGCACUGAGACUGUGGAUGUCCUAAAAGAGGCCUACAUGCUUCUCAUGAAAAUUCAACAGCUACAUCCAGCCAAUGCCAAGACAGUGGAGUGGGACUGGAAACUGCUCACCUAUGUCAUGGAGGAAGAGGGACAGACUCUGCCUGGGCGAGUCCUUUUUCUGCGUUAUGUAGUACAGACCCUAGAAGAUGACUUCCAGCAGAUUCUGAGGCGGCAACGGCAGCACCUGCAGCAGUCCAUUGCAAACACUGUGCUGUCCUGUGACAAGCAGCCCCACAAUGUAAGGGAUGUUAUCAAGUGGCUGGUCAAAGCAGUAACUGAAGAUGGAUUAACUCAGUCCCCAAAUGUGAAUCAAACCUCUUCAGGAACAGGAAUCUUAAAGGCCAGCAGUAGCCAUCCUUCUCCCCAGCCUAACCUGACAAAGAACACCAAUCAACUGAUUGUGUGCCAGCUUCAGAGGAUGCUGUCCAUAGCCGUAGAGGUGGACAGGACCCCCACCUGCAGCUCCAAUAAAAUUGCUGAAAUGAUGUUUGGGUUUGUGCUGGACAUUCCUGAGAGGAGUCAGAGAGAGAUGUUCUUUACUACAAUGGAAAGCCACCUUCUACGCUGCAAAGUGUUAGAAAUCAUAUUCCUCCACAGCUGUGAGACUCCCACCCGCCUGCCCCUGUCUCUGGCCCAGGCCCUCUAUUUUCUGAACAAUUCCACAUCACUGCUCAAGUGUCAGUCAGAUAAAACACAGUGGCAGACUUGGGAUGAGCUGGUUGAGCAUCUGCAGUUUCUGUUGUCAAGUUAUCAACAUGUCUUAAGAGAGCACUUACGGAGUUCAGUGAUCGAUCGAAAAGACCUAAUAAUCAAAAGAAUUAAGCCCAAGCCUCAGCAAGGAGAUGACAUCACAGUGGUGGAUGUGGAGAAGCAGAUUGAGGCCUUCCGCAGCCGCUUGAUCCACAUGCUGGGGGAGCCUCUUGUCCCCCAACUCCAAGACAAAGUGCACUUGUUGAAGCUCCUGCUCUUCUAUGCUGCAGACUUGAACCCUGAUGCAGAGCCCUCACAAAAGAAUUGGAGCAACCCCUGCAGACCUCCUAAGCACUGAACAGCAAGAGUACCUCCUGAACUCUAUCUCCAAUUACUUAGAAGCUCUAAAAGUAUGAAAAGUAGUUAAAAAUCUUACAGGACCAAACCUUAUUUAUCUGUAGGUUGUAAUAAUUUCCUAACUCCUUAGUAAAUAUCUUUUCUUUUUUUUAUAAUUCUGUCCUAAGCUGUUCUCAAAAUAGCUUAAAUAUACAAGGUGUAUAUAUUUUUUAAUAAAUUAUUUAUCUAUACUUUUUUUUGAAACAGCUAAUACUAUAUGCACUAUAUGUUUAACAUUUCUAUUCAAUAUGUGAGAGAAGACUCCCUGUACUGAACAAACUCUGUACGUCAGUUUUGUUAUUUAAGGUACUGACAACCUGUUUCCGGAGAGAAAGACAUUCAUUUUUCUCUAAUGGAACACAAACAUUCUACAGUAGACUUUCAUAUUGCCUAUGAAUUUGAUUUUAUGGCCAGUCUGUUACGAUCUAAUGUAAUGAAGUGGGUAGAAACAAAAGGACUGAGUGUGUUACAAAACAUUUGAUGUUAAAAGGAUACAAUAAAAAGGCAAUAGUUUUUCAAAAUA